AUGAGUAAAGAAUGUUGCUACAAAGGCUUCUUCUGGGACAAAACCCCGGUUGGGCGAGAAGAUACGCUAGCGGGCUACCCUACAUAUAUCACCGGGACCAAUCCUGAUGCGGCGUUGAUGAUAAUCCAUGACAUGUUUGGAUGGACCUUCUUAAACACAAGGGUGCUGGCGGAUUUCUAUGCCAAAGAAGCCGAUGUCACAGUAUAUGUUCCUGAUUUUUUUGACGGCGAGGUCAUUCCACCAGAGGUUAUACGAGACAGGAGCAGAUGGGCAGAGUACGACAUCCCAGCUGGUGUGGAUAGACGUCAUGCCAAACCGGUCCACCGAGAUCAGAUCUUUGCAAGCGCUCGUGAACUCAGAUCAAAAUAUAGGAAAUGCGGAGCUAUUGGGUUUUGCUUCGGGGGCUGGGCAGUCUUUGCUCUGGGGGCGGAUAAGAAUCUCAUCGACGCAAUAUCGACCGGCCAUCCGACGUGGCUUACCAAGGAGGAGAUAAACGAGGUCUCUGUGCCGACGCAGAUUCUUGCACCCGAACACGACCCUGUCUUUACCCCGGAACUGAAGGCGCAUGCGAAUCAGGUCAUUCCCACGCGUGGCGUACCGUAUGAUUAUCAGCUGUUCCCCAAGGUUGCGCAUGCGUUCUGUACCCGUGGCAAUCCGAACGACGAAGAGGAGCUCAAGGCUAUGGACCGAGCAAAGGACGCAGCGGUCUACUGGUUCAAAUUUUGGCUCCACCAACCGUAG